UCCUCCCCUCCCCUUUCUUCUUUUUCUUCUUUGCAUCUUGCAACUUACUGAUCUUUUUGUCAGUUUCCCACACAUUCCAGUUCGACCCAUUCAAAAUACUUUUUUUUUUCUUGUAACUGUUUUGAAUGGUUUUAGAUUCCGGGUCUUUGAUUAGGUUCCAAUUUUGGAAGUUCUAAAGUCUCAUUUUGUUUUUGGUGGAUUUUAAGCGGUUUCAGCAUCUGGGUACUGCCGAAAGCUCAAGUCUUUGUUCAUUUCAACUUUGUUCUGUGAGUGUGACUAAAAUCUGAGGGGGUUAGUGGGGGUGACACUUUGAUCAUAGUCAAAAUCUCGAAUCUUACAGACAAUGAUUCCGUUGUACAACGGAUGCAUACUGUGGAAGUUGUGGUCGGUUUUCGACAAAAAAUCUGUUGUUGAUAAAAGCUUUUAUUUUUGGAUCUUUCAAAUUUUUACUAGGUACAGUAUAGGAACAUAUCCAAUAAGUUGAAAUUUUUUUGCUUUUCUAUCCAUUCUGUUCGUUCCGUGUCUGUUCUCAAAGAAUUAGAUUAGUGUAGAGGAGCGCAAAAAUAUGGCAGGAGCAUCAUUGCCACCAGGAUUUCGUUUCCACCCGACCGAUGAGGAAUUGGUGGGGUAUUACCUGAAAAGAAAAGUGGAGAGGCUUGAAAUUGAGCUCGAAGUUAUUCCGGUAGUGGAUCUCUACAAAUUCGACCCAUGGGAGUUACCGGAGAAAUCAUUCCUCCCAAAAAGAGAUAUGGAAUGGUUCUUCUUCUGUCCCCGGGAUAGAAAGUAUUCGAAUGGCUCACGAACAAAUAGAGCAACCAAAUCUGGCUACUGGAAAGCCACUGGAAAAGAUAGGAAGGUGGUCUGCCAGUCUUCUGUGACUGGGUAUCGCAAGACCCUAGUUUUCUAUCGUGGACGGGCUCCUUUAGGAGAUCGAACAGACUGGGUAAUGCAUGAGUACCGCCUUUGUGAUGAUCUUUCACAAGGAUCACCAAGUUUUCAGGGAGCUUUUGCUUUGUGCCGCGUUGUUAAGAAGAAUGAGCACAUACAGAAGAUAAAGGAUGCUGGAGAGCCAAAAGCUGAGAGGGUUCGAAGAAGUUUGAGCAAUGCCCACGAAGAGGCCAUGAGCAUUCCCAACAAUGAGAGUCAGUAUUCUAGCCCUAGCACUUCUCCAUAUGAAGUUACUCCAACGGCAGAGUUUGAGCCUGCUUUGAUGGAGACCAAUCCUACAUGCUUCUGGGUCUCACCUGACCUAAUCCUUGAUUCCUCAAAGGACUACUCACAAGUACAAGAAGCUGCAUCUGAACACUUUCCACAAUACCAGUUUCCAAGCUUGGAAACUCCUUGGCCAACAUUUGAACAUGCAGAAAUCUCUUCCAUCUCAUCACAUUCAAAUUUCACUGGAGAAAUUGAAGCUCGUGAUGAUUUGAGUCGAAUUGGCUGUUUGUCACCUUACUCCGGGCAUACAAACUACAUGGGCCUUUUUGGAAGUGAAGAUGUGCCAUAUGAAGGGCUAGAAUUUUGGAACCAAGCUCCGAUAUGCACGCAAGCAAUUGGAGAUGGGAGUUCAGGGGAACUUGGUGGUCUAUGGUUGCAGGAGGACAACUUUAUGAUUGUAAUGUAGGCGCCUACUUUGUGGUAGGAUUAAUCAACUAUAUAUUGUAUUUGGUGUUAUCUAGAAGGGGCCUCCGAGACAACGCCUUUUAACGUUGAUUCUUGGAAUUUAAAAUAAUGACUAUUAACCCUCCAUGUAUUAUUAAGCAGAAAACAGCUUGCUGUAUAAGUACUUAUCAUGCCAUUGUAUUGGAUCAGCUGGUUUGGGAUCCAAGUCUGGCUUCAGUUUCUUGUUAUUGCUGUUACCUAGCAACCCCCAGUGACAAUCACUAUUAUCGAUUGCAUCAGAGUUUGGUUUGCUGGCAGUUGUCUACAUGGUUUAAUAAAUUUCAAGUGUUUGAACAA